AUCGUGUAAUGUGAGGUAAGCACAUGGACGGUUGACGCACAUGGCUUUAUAAGCUACGAUCCCACCGUGCGCUCUGCCAGUUGCCAUUUGAACUCGAGCAGAAAUAUCAUCUAAAAUGCUGCCGGUGUUACUAGGCGUUGUUGGUGUAAUACUAGCUCUAAUAUACCUGAAGGGAAUAUACAACCAGUACUAUUGGAAGAAACGUGGUGUGGCCUUCUACGAAAAGCACAAGACUGGAGGACCCCUAUGGCAAUUCUCCAUCGAAGAUCGAUCAUUCUUCCAAAUCCUAAACGAUAUCUACUGGAACUAUGAAAAAGAACCAGCUGUUGGUCUUGGCUCGUUUCACGAUUUAGGACUCUUCGUGAAACAUCCGACUAACAUACAGCACAUCGCACAAGUUGACUUCCAUUCCUUCAGUAGCAGAGGGUUUGCGUUCACUGAGGACGAUGUCUUGGCACACAAUGUGCUAAUGCUCAAUGGUCCGAAAUGGAAGCUGGUUCGGCAGAAGGUGACACCAAUAUUUACAACAGCCAAACUUAAAAACAUGUUUUACAUUAUCGAUAAAAGUGCUCAGGACUUCAUAGAGUAUUUAAAAGAAAAUCCAGAAAAGUUGAAAGGAGAUCUGUUCGAUACGUUGGGAAAUUACUGCAAUGCCGCCAUUGCCGCUGCAGUAUUCGGAAUCCAUACACGCUCAACUUUCGAUUCUCCAUUCCGUCUAAUGGCUAAAGAGGUUCUGACUCCUACUUUUACCACAAAUUUGAAAUUCGCGUUAAGUGGAGUAAGUGAAUCACUCUUUAAAUUUUUGAAACUCAAGUUGUUUAAAACGGAACAAGAGAAAUCUUUCAUCGCAGCAAUCAAACAAGUGAUAAGACAACGAGAACAAGAAAAUGUUAAGAGACACGAUUUCAUAGAUAUAUGUGUAGAGCUCCAGAAGAAUGGGACGAUGGUGGAUCCAGACACCGGGUAUAAGCUGGAGCCGACAGAUGAGCUGAUGGCCGCCCAGGCUUACUUUUUCUUCUUGGCAGGUACUGACCCCACAAUCGCCGGAAUCUUCGGAACUUUAAUGGAAUUGGGAAGACAUCCUGAGUUCUUGAAAAAGGCACACGAAGAUGUGGAUAGAGUUUUCGAGAAAUACAACGGGAAACUAACGUACGAUGCAGUUGGCGAAGUGAAGUAUUUGAAAAAUGUAUUGAGUGAGGUCUUUAGAGUGUAUCCUCCGAUUGCUUUUGUGAUGCGACAGUGCGUACAAGAUAGUGUAUUGCCUGUAGGCAAUAUUCCCGUUCAAAAAGGUGUGAAGAUAUUUAUACCUAUAUUUGACUUGCAUCAUGACCCUAAUUAUUUUCCGGAGCCUGAGAAAUUUGAUCCCGAUCGCUUUGCGAGGGAAGGAGAGAUAAAUGAUACAUCUUAUAUGCCAUUUGGUAAGGGUGGUCGAUAUUGUAUUGGAGCUAGGUAUGCUAAGAUUCAGGUCCUGACUGGGCUAAUGCAUCUACUAAGGCAUUAUACAGUACGUACAUUUGUUAGGAAAGGGGGUGUUAAGUACAAUAAGGAGCAAUUUCAAGUGCGUUUGAGAAAUUGUGAUGUAGAGUUGGUGCCUAGGAAUUUGUGAUAGGUGCUGGUGCAAGCAAGUGUGAUUGCUAUUAUGUUUCUAGCAGAGGUUAUUUUUACUUGUAUGCGUAGAGAUUAAUGUUGUAGUUAGUCCGUAAUUUAGUUUCGAAAGUAUUGUGUCUUUAAUUUUAUGUAUUAAAUUAUUUUAGUAGUUACCAGCAGUUAUCUAGAGAUGGGUGAUUGUGUAGAUUCUUGGAAUAUUAUUUUAAAUAUUUUGAGUGAAUCUGUAAAAAUAAAUUAAAGUUUACAUGUGUAUUUAUUUAUGCAUGCUUAACAUAA